GCGUCCAACAGUUUCAAAAUAAACGUCCUUAUGUACAAUAGCGUGUUGCUUUUCAGUUGGAUUCUAGUAUGAAAAAAUACAAUUUUUAUUUGUGGAAACACUUUUCAUUUUUGCAUAAUGAACUCAAGGGACACUCCAAAAUGAGCAAUUUAACCAUCAUCCAUUGGAAACAUGCCGGAGAUUUUCCAGUUUAAAGCCUAGGAAACUCCCUUCUGAUGAUGCAUCUUGAAGGGCCUGCAAGUAACCGGGCCAUUGCUGGGACCAGGUGUGUAGGGGCUGAAUUUAUGACCUUUCCUGCUGACUGCAACAUUUGGGUUGGACCAGCGCCCAUGCACACCCUCCCCCUUCCCCCCACAAACAGAAGAUUAUGAUUGGCUCUUGGUAGGUUUCUGAUCACACCUUUCUCACACCUUCAGGGAGCACCCUACAAUUUAAGAGGGGUCCGUCGCCUUUUGUGUUUUCUCCUUUGUACCUUUCUUUAGCCCUCUUUCUUGUCCGGGCAGCAAGUACCGACAGACGUCUCUCCACUCUGUUUAUAGGGCCUACAGCCUGCUAAGGAUCACUCAUCUCUGUCAAGAGUUUGUCCGACAGACUGCGUUCUGCAGGAGAUGAAAGGCUCUCCUGCUGUUUGAGUCGCAGGGAGGAUCUCCAAAUCACUCACUCGCUUGAGUAAAAAGGAGUCAUCUUGUUUGUCAACAAGCGUAACCAAGGGAACAGAGAAUGGUGUGUUUGACAGCAAUGCUAACGCUGCUGCUGGCUUGCCUCUCUGAGCCUCUUCCAUUGGAGCACCUCAGGCACUUAGACUGGCAGCGGGGCAUGAGGCCGGGUGAGCAGUGCCCAAAAAAGUGCCAGCCCGAGCUGUGUCCGGAUGCCAGGCUGCUCCAGAGCUGCGUGUCGGGUCAGGUCCGUGACCCGUGCGGGUGUUGUUGGGAAUGUGGGAAUGGAGAGGGUCAGCUGUGUGACCCCGAGCCCUGGACCGGGUCCACUUUCUUUGGGCGUUGCGCUGAGGGACUCCGCUGUAAAGCGCCAAGGAGGGACUCCUCAAUGAAAGAAGAACCCAAGCCAGUGUGUGUGUGCACCAAGCAAGAGAUGCUGUGCGGCUCGGAUGGGAAGACAUACGAAAACGUGUGCCAACUGCGGGCAGCCCAGCGCAGGCUAGGCGAGCGGCAGAAGGUUACUGUGGCGCAUCAUGGACCCUGCAAAGCAAAACCAAUCAUCACCUAUGCCCCACGUGACAUCAUCACUCUGGAGGGAAGUGAUGUCCUCCUUUCCUGUGAGGUUUCAUCGUACCCUCUGGCGUCCAUACAGUGGAGGAAAGAGGGGGACAGCGUCUUCCUUACUUCUGAUGAUUCCAGCAGAGCCAUACAGGCGCGCGGAGGCCCGCGGCGCUUUGAGCUCACCGGCUGGCUCCAGAUCCACGGGGUCGGCCCUGACGAUGCAGGGGUGUACACAUGUGCCGCCAGGAACGCCUUCGGUGAGGUGUCUGCCUCCGCUAGAUUACGGGUUAUGCACAGAGGAUCUCCACAAAACAGAGAGCUUCCCAAAAGGAAAAAUGAAGCCCACAACACGUCCUUCAAUGAUGCUGAAAGUGAAGAUGAUGAAGAUUAUGAGGGACAACCAAGUGGAUAUAUGUAUUUGUAAGAUAUUGUGAUGAUCAUACAGCAAAUCCAUUUAACAAUGUUUUGUCAUCAUUUUAGGCCUGUCUGAAAAAUAGACUCUUUAUAGCAUCGCUUUUAAACACUUUUAUAACAUUUGAUGUCUUACUUGAGUAAGUACCUAUUGUUUGAGCACUGUAAAUAAAUACUUAUUAUAUGUUUCUAUA